AUUACAUCAUUUACAGCAUAAAACAAGUUAACCAUUACUGAUUUUAUGGUGCUGCACCCAAAGCAGCGGCGUACUUAGUGUAAAGAUCAGAAACCAGAGACUCAUAUUUAGCAAACUACAGCUGGAUGAUGAAUGCUGCUCAGAGUCAAAGAACACUGGAGUCCAAACUGGAGGCCCUGCAGUGCCACUUCACCUGGGAUCUGGACCCUAGCAGGUCCAAACUUUUCCGCCUCAGGGACAAGCUGGAGGACAUUGGCACUGAGGAGGGAUACAGCUGGCUGGGUCAUAUUUACAACCUGCAAGGGUACAUCCACUACCAGCUGGGGUUCACCGAUGACGCUCAGCGUUUCUUUGGCAGGGCUGCAGAGGCCUUCCGCCAGAUGAGAAACACCGUCUCAGAUGAAGGUCCCUGGUUAGUUGUGAACUAUGGGAACCUGGCUUGGCUGCACCACCACCUGGGAGAACAAGCAGAGAGUCAGGCUUACCUGUCAAAGGUCGAUGCCCUGAUGAAUGAAUAUCCAUCUCCAUCUCAGGAUGAGCUCCAUCCAGAGAUCUGUGCUGAAAAAGCCUGGACCCUGAUGAAGUUCAGCUCAGAACAAAAGCAGUUGGCUACAGAUUACUUCCAGAGAGCCAUUAGGAUGCAGCCAGACAUGGUGGAGUGGCACACCAGCCAUGUCAUAGGGUUAGAGAAUGCUCUUAGUCACAGCAACAAAGAGCUGGGGGCUGACAUCUUGGAGAAAAUGAAGAUCGCCAAGGAACAUGACCCAGAGAACUUGUACCUUGCUGCUUUGUACCUUGAGCAAUGUGCUAAGAAAGGGAAAAAAAUUGAAAGUGAAGCACGUGAGUUAACCAGAAGGGUUUUAAGAAAGCCCAUCAGCAGCUACAGUGGUCUAAAGCCAUUACUAAGGCUAUACAGAAUCUAUGUAUCUAUGGAUGAGGCCAUUGAUUUGGCAGAGGAGGCUCUGGAAAGACAUCCAGAUGAGCGUUAUCUGAAGAGGUGUGCUGCAAUCUGCUACAAAAAGAGGAUCUUUUUACACAGGGACAAUCCCCUGGAGCACAGCAUGAUCAACAGAGCUAUCAGUCUCUAUAGGGAAGUGAUUACUCUUUACCCUCUUUCUUCACUGAAAAGAAAAAUAUCUCUUGCAAACAUAUAUGCAGAGUCCCAUCAGCAAGUUAAUGCUGACCAGAUAUAUGAGGAACUGCUGGAAAGUGAUCUGGAUCCUGAAGGGGAACAGAUGCUUUACAACUACUAUGCAAAAUACGUACACUUCAUUCGAAAGGAGAGCUACAAGUCGAUAGAGUAUCACAUGAGGGCAGCAGCUAUACCGCAACAAUCUUCCUAUCGUAAGAACAGCAUUCGAACUCUGGAGAGGAUUAGAGAAAGAAACAGGAACCGAAUGUGUGGAGAAAUAGAGGAGUUUCUGAAUAAGCUGAGACUGAAAUAAACUACUAUACUGUCCAGUGGAGUCUAAAUCCAGAAGAUCAAUAAUUGAUACCUUCUCUGUUGGAUCAGCUUUACGAGAGAGAAAACUCCUCUCACGUUAUCACAAGUGCUACAACCAGCACAACCUAGCUGCACAUCUAGUAAAUACACACUAUCUUCAGCUUUUUGUAUUCUAGACAAACACAAAAAAUGAUGCACUUAUUUGAAGGUAUUUACGUCUGCAAUUAACCCAUACAGGUGAAGUUGAUAUUGUGUCAGAGUACUGAAUGUACUAAAGUGCCUUUACUCAAGCAAAAUAAAUAGGAAUGGAAAAAUGUAAUACAUCUCAACUUUACAUUAACUCUUACUGGUGUUUGUGAGAGCAACUUGGCUUCUACAAAAUAAUGUAUAACAAUCACAAAUGUACUUUAAAACAUGUUUUUCUUUCUAUUGCACCAUAUGAUCGAUCUGUUUCUACAUGAAAUUUAGCACAGAAUGAUGUAUAUUUUCCCAGGAGUUGCAGGAGAGCUUAAGGUAGGGUGACUAUUGGGUCUGCAUUUUUCAGUUGGUUAAAAUAUAACUUCAAAUGAACUCCUUGUCUACUGUUGAUAGUGAGCAGGUAGUGUGCAGAGGGCAGUCAAAGCAUAAUAAUUUUCUAUCUUCCACUUCCACCUCUUCUUCAGUAAAAUCAAAUUUCAAUUAAAAACGUGUAAUAAAGUGAAAAUGCACUUAACAUAAAUGGAGCUUGUAGCUGCUAUUUGUUUGUCCUCAUAUCUGAAGUUUUGAGUAGAGACCUGCUCCUGUCAGCAUUAACGGAACUGGCUAGGUUGUGGACUGAACACAUAAACUCCUGCAUUGUUUGUGAGCUACUGACGUAUCAGAAAAAAUGCAGAGGACUUAGUGGUUCAACAACUGACAUCAAAAAACUUCUGUUGACUGAACCUGUUGAUUUUCAUCCUAUUGGAUGAAAUAAUUGGCCUGGAUUCAGGCAAUAGACCUUUUUCAUGGCAGACAUUUUAACACGUUAUAAUACAAAAGGCCUGGGUGUAUUUAUUAACAUUAAUGAUGGCUGCAUCCACUUAGUGAAGGUCCUGGCAUUGUGCAUGCUGGAUCACUGGAAUAGUUUACUGGGACACCUAAUGGAACUGAGCGAGCAUUAAUGUUAUCAAUUUCACCAGUGCUUUUCCUACUAUGACAUGUCAAAAUGUCUGCUGUGAAAAAGGCCUAUAUCGCACUACAGGGAGCACUGCUGUACUGAAUAUCAGUGCAUGCAGCUUUGAUUCGGUUGUAGGCACAAAGCUGCUGAUAACCACAACCGUACUGAUAUUUAGCAGAGGUGGGACCAAGUCAUUGUUUUGCCAGUCACAAGUAAGUCUCAAAUCAAGCCAGGCAAGUCCGAAGUCUUAAACGAUGAGUUUCAAUUCCUAAACAAGUCAUAAUAUGCUCUUCACCAAAUGUAAUGUCAUUUUAACAAGAGUAAUCAACUAUUACAUUUACUGUAAUAGCAGCAUGCCUGUUGAAAAUUACAGAUGGAGUUGCAACUAAAAACUUGUUUUAACAAAUAAGUUUAAAUUUAUAAAGCAUUCAUAAUUUUUGUAAAUGUAAUAGUUGAUUACUCUGUUGUUAAAAUGACAUUACAUUUGGUGAAGAGCAUAUUAUGACUUGUUUAGGAAUUGAAACUCAACGUUUAAGACUUCCGACUUGCCUGCCUUGACUUGAGACUUAUUUUUUUGUAUGUGAACGAAAUUAUCUUUGGUAUCAUUUUUUUCCAUUUAAUGCUCAGACAUGUAACAUUAAUCCUUCAUUGUUCUAUCCUGCAACUUUCCUGGAUGCCGUUGGACUGAUUCAAACUAAGUGGACGUGGGGGAAUUAGGUGUCACCUUGCUGGGACUAAAUAGCACUAACGUUAGUUGGUUCAGGAAAUUAGGGGAAAGUGAAUAGAAUUGUGGCCAAUUUUUAAAAUAAGACACUUUUUAGUGUCUGGGUGUGGGGGAAGUUUUCAACUAUAUUCAAGUCAAAAGGUUCAAGUCCAAGUGAACUCAUGAGUCAUUGUUGUUAAAGUUCCAGUCAAGUUGCAAGCCUUUUUUGAUCUUGUCAAGUCGUGACUAAAGUCAUGAAAUUUUUGACUCGUCUAACUCAAGUCUACACUUCAGAUAUUCAGUAUAACAGCAUUCUCUUUCAUGUGAUACUGUGUUUAUACAAUAGUUGUACAAGCUCCAUUUCUUAGUUUACAGUAAUAAGUGACAACUGAUUACGAUUUGUUUGUUUAUUUAAUCAUUUAUUUGACUGGACCGGGGCUGGACUGUCUCCAAGCAACACACAACUAGACGUUCCUGCACACUAGUUUGCUACUUUGUGUAAGUCUACACAAGUGUUAUGUACAUGUAUAUGUAUGUUUCCACUUAUUGUGCAGUCAGUGAAAUUAAAGUCUGUUGGCAGUUG